CGUCUUCGAUGAAGGCUGGCGGUGCUGGAAAGGGCAGUGGGAGUGGCGCGGAGCUGCAGGGCAUCCCAAAAAACCUGACUCGCUGCAAACCAGGUCAGGAAGCUACUAUUUAGAAAAUGACCACACCAAACAAGACACCUCCUGGUGCUGAUCCUAAGCAGUUGGAAAGGACUGGGACAGUCCGGGAAAUUGGGUCACAAGCUGUUUGGUCACUUUCAUCCUGCAAACCAGGAUUUGGAGUGGAUCAGUUACGAGAUGACAAUCUAGAAACCUACUGGCAGUCAGAUGGCUCCCAGCCUCAUUUAGUGAACAUCCAGUUCAGAAGAAAAACAACAGUGAAGACGUUAUGCAUUUAUGCAGACUACAAAUCUGAUGAAAGCUAUACACCAAGCAAGAUCUCUGUCAGAGUAGGAAAUAAUUUUCACAACCUUCAAGAAAUUCGGCAACUUGAAUUAGUGGAACCAAGUGGCUGGAUUCAUGUUCCCUUAAUUGACAAUCACAAGAAGCCAACUCGAACGUUCAUGAUACAAAUUGCUGUUCUAGCCAACCAUCAAAAUGGAAGAGACACCCACAUGAGACAAAUUAAAAUAUAUACACCAGUAGAAGAGAGUUCUAUUGGCAAAUUUCCUAGAUGUACGACUAUAGAUUUUAUGAUGUACCGUUCAAUAAGAUGACUUUAAGAUAGAACAAAAGACAUCCUAUAUAUCUCUGUUUUAGCUUGUCAUUAAAUAUUAUAUCUGGUAACUUUACUGAGAAGAAUAGUUACUUUAUAAUUUUGUAUGCGUUUAAAAUAGUUUAUUGUAUCUUUAAUAAAUAAAUACAGACAUACAUCUGGAGUCAACUCUCUAUUUUCCUGAACACAUGUUAAAGCUCACAUAGUGCCCACUCAAAAAAUGUAUUUAAGCCUAUCAUUACAUUUUUUUCUGAUAUUAAAAAUAAAUUAGUUGACUGAA